UGGGAUGGUCGUCAAAGCGGAAAAGUCUGGAGUUAGAGCAAAAGUUGCACAAUGGAGUUUUGCACAUUAGCGCUGUUUACACUGUUCUCCUCGUUUUACAACGUGUUAGCGUUGUCACCAAAAGCUGUGAAGUGUCUCCUUCAAGUGGACGAGGGACCUUGCAGAGCGGAUAUUGAGCGUUACCACUACAACACUAUCACCCAAAAGUGCGAGAUUUUCUACUAUGGAGGGUGCCAGGGGAAUGCCAAUAAUUUCAGGAGCUAUCAGGAGUGCCAGAAAUCAUGUUUCAGAAUCCCAAAGGUUCCCCAAAUCUGCAGGUUCCCUAAAGAGGAGGGAACAUGCCGGGCCCUCUUUAGCCGCUACUUUUUCAACAUGACCACCAUGCAGUGUGAGCCCUUUUAUUACGGUGGAUGCCAGGGAAAUUCCAAUCGCUUCCGAGACCUCACAUCCUGCAAGGAGUACUGCAGUCCAAAAAAAAGUGUUCCUGUGCUCUGCCUGGACCCUCUGGACAAAGGCAGCUGCUCUGCUUCAAUUCCUCGGUUUUAUUACAACACCGCCACCAAGAUGUGUGAUGAGUUCAUCUACUCAGGCUGCGGAGGGAGCAGCAACAACUUCGUCACGAGGCAGAGCUGCAUGGACGUGUGUGCUAGAAGUGAGUAACAGGAGGCAAGAAACUCACAAGCCAAGUCAAAGGUCGCCGCAAGAGACGGAACAGAAAUAAUCGCAUCACCUUCUUGCAGGCGUAGAUAUCUGACG